AUGAUGCUGGGCGAGCCGGCGGCGGCGGCGCUGGAGGCGGCGGCGCUGGAGGCGGCGCUGGGGGAGGGCGGCGUGGGGGCGCCCCCGGCCGCGGCGCUGCGCAGCGAGCUGGGCUCCCACCUGCACCUGCUGAAGGGGCUGAACGUGCGCUUCCGCUGCUUCCUGGCCAAGGUGCACGAGCUGGAGCGGCGCAACCGCCUGCUGGAGAAGCAGCUGCAGGCCGCGCAGCUGGGCGAGCGCGAGCGCCGCCUCCGCUACCGCCGCUUCCCGCGCCACCAGGCCGUCCAGACCGACCCCGCGCCGCCGCCGCCGCCCGGCCCCGCCGCGCCCGCGCCCGCGCCCUACGGCCGCCUGCCCGGCACCAUCUGGAGCUACACGCAGGUGCGGCGCACGGGCGGCGGCGCGCUCGAGACCCUGCAGGGCCCCGGCGUCUCCUGGGUGCACCCCGACGGCGUCGGCGUCCAGAUCGACACCAUCACGCCCGAGAUCCGCGCCCUCUACAACGUCCUCGCCAAAGUCAAGCGCGAGCGGGACGACUACAAGGGCAGAUGGGAGGAGGAACUGGCCAAGCGGAUGCGACUGGAGACGGUGGUUGAGACGCUGCAAGAGGAGGCUCAGGAAGCCGAGGCGCUCCAGGAGGAGCUAAAUGAGAAAAUCGAGAGGCUCAAAGCCGAACUGGUGGUCUUCAAGGGCCUGAUGAGCGACCCCAUGACAGACCUGGACUCAAAGAUCCAAGAGAAAGCUAUGAAGGUGGACAUGGACAUCUGCCGGCGAAUCGAUAUCACAGCCAAGCUGUGUGAUGUAGCGCAGCAGCGCAACUCGGAAGACGUUUCCAAGAUAUUCCAGGUGGCCUCCAAGAAGAAAGAGCGCAGGCUCGCGUCCGAGGAGGACGUGCCCGAGCAGGACACGGACAAUGCCCGCUUUUCAGAGGAGGAAGUCAGCUGUUCUCUGAACAUCACCGAUGAGAUGAAGAGGAUGUUCAACCAGUUGCGCGAGACCUUCGACUUUGAUGACGACUGCGACAGCUUGACCUGGGAGGAGAGCGGCGACACGUUGCUCCUGUGGGAGGACUUCACCAACUGCAACCCCACCGUGGAGCCGCAAGGAGAGCAAGAGGAGAACCUGGGAAACUUGAUCCACGAAACGGAGUCUUUCUUCAAAACCAGAGACAAAGAGUAUCAAGAAACGAUAGGACAGAUAGAGCUGGAACUGGCCACGGCGAAGAGCGACAUGAACCGCCACCUCCAUGAAUACAUGGAGAUGUGCAGCAUGAAGCGAGGCCUGGACGUGCAGAUGGAGACCUGCCGGCGGCUGAUCAAAGGCUCCGCUGAAAGGAAUUCCCCGUCUCCCAGUUCCCUCGCCAGCAGCGACUCAGGGAACACGGACGAGAUUCAGGACGACUUCGACGCCGAGCCGAUGGUCAGCUGACAGAGCCCCGGAGCGUUGGGGCGAAGGGGGCGGGAGACGAGCCCGGAGAAGAGUUGGAAGCGCGCGCAGCAUGAGCGAUCCGGGACUCCCGCGCCCUUGGCUGGCGUGCCCGGAGGCCCGGCCUCCCGCGUCCUCUCAGGACUGGUGCUGUGGACUUUCGUACUCCUCUGCAAACGGCAAAUGUGACGAACCAAGAAACUGCACUUCUGCCCGUGCCUUUGCCCCAGGCUGAGCCCUCCGAGCCCCUGGCACGGCCGCCUGCUUCUGGUGGGAGGCCGGCCCCCAGGGACGGGUGCCUCUGCAGGGGGGGGGCAAAGAGGCUCCUGACCGAGGCCAGCGCCCUUCUUCGCAGGCGGUGCCAACCAAGGAGCCUUUGGGGGGUGGCCCUGAGGUGCCAGGGCCCAGAGUUCUUAAUAGCCCAGGGCAAGGCCGGAAGGACCACAGGGUGGGGAGGAAGGUCACGGUUUUAACUACUAUGCAAAAAAAAAAAGGCAAAGUGCUUGCUCGCCUUAUUUCUGCGGCACGUCUGGGCCCCUGCUGCACUUUGGUCCCCCCCCCAGAAGGAAAGCUGGGCGCUUGUCCGCCUGGGGUCCCUGGCCCGGCCCUGUUCGGUUCCGCUUCUUGAAAGAGCUGCUCUGGCGUCGCCAUGGCUGGAGGCCUGCGUUCCUCUGCUGCUUCCCCGAGUGCCGGGUGUCAGGCUCCCGGGCUCAGGGGCUCCAAGCAGUGAGGAGGGAAGCCACGGGGUAUGGCAGGUGGGGAGUCCCCCAGCCGGGGGUCCGGGCGCCUGGCACCCAAGGUGCCAUCUCGUUUUUCCAUUCCGUUGACAGUGUUACGUGGGGGCAAGAGACGGACGUGCCAUUCAGGGGAGUUUGGCAGGUUGCCCAGACCCGCGGCCCAACUGAAAAGGGAAGCGAGGCCCCUGCUCCCCCCUGCCCCCCACCCACAUUUGGUGGCUGCAAUGUGUGUGUUGGGACCUGUUUGCCGGUUUGUUGCUUGGGCUUCUGUGGAGGGCUGGCUUUGGAUGCGGGCUGUGGCAGGGUUAGAGUCAGCUAGGAAGACCCCCCUGUCCACGGCUCAUGCCAGCCAGCAGCCCCCCUCCAGCUGGGCACAUUUCCACCUUUGUCCUCACACGGAAAGUCUCCCGAGGAGGGGUGCGGUUUCUCUCUGGCACAAACAGCCGCUGCGUCCAGAGGGACCCUUGGGAGACGGGCUGCUUGGAGCACCUUUUCCCACAACACCGUGAGCUUGUGCAAUCAAACGCUUUUGGGUGGGGGGGGGUUCUUAUUCCAAAGUGCUUUUCCUUUGCUGUUUUUCUAGCAAAAGUUGCACCUUUCUGUUUUCUUUAAUCCUUCAGGGAGCAGGUUAAAAGCAAACCGCCCACCAGUACGACUACUUUCAUUUUUUUAAGAGUUGAUACUCGGUACUUUCGUAAAAGUAUGCCUUGGGGUCACAGAGCCAGAGUUUAAUUCGGGCUGCUUCAGUCGGUGGCUUUGCAAAAGACGAGCGACGCGCCUCUCUCCUCCGAGUGCCCUUGAACGCCUGUCAGAUUUCACAGUGGUUGAGCUGCCUGGCGGUGGAGAAUGUGCUGUUCUGCUGUUGCAGCAAAAUCAGGGCAGCUUGUGGAUCUCCCGUUUUCUGGCUGCUUGAUUGUGUAUUUCAUUAUUUUGUUUGUGAAUGCAGAAGCAUGGUUUUGGUGUUUAAGCUUUUAAUGGCUGGCACGUGAAUACGGGUUUGAGGGGGUGGGCGUGGUUCGAAGGGCCGGUUCUCGCUGGGGGGUGACCGGGUGAGGAAGGCACUGUCACUUGGCUUGGGGACUCAAGGACAGUUCAUCUCCUGGCUGGGAUUAGGUGGCCCCUGCAUCGCUAUCCACGGGGUCCCCAAAAGUCAAGACGGAGGCUGCACAGUCAAAUCCCCUCUUUACGUGCACGAGGUGGGGAAUUUGACUGUGCGGUCUCCAUCUUGACUUUUUUGACCCUCUGGGCACUUGUCACAAAGGAGUUUUUUUGUAGGUGUCAAAGGGAGGUGGGAAAGAUUUGCAUAAGAAUAAAGUUAGGAUGAUACAGUAUAGUAAUGGUGAAGGUGGUGAUCGUCAAUAUUGUAUGCAGUCUGUACUUAGAUUUUUGCCUUCACUGUUUGGAAACGGGGGUGGGGGGUUGUCCCAAGUGAAGUUCAAGGGUGAACAGAGCAGACACGCAAUUCUGGUUGGUAGCACCCAGCGUUGCUUCGCUUAGGCACGUUGCAGUUGACUGCUGAAACGGUGGGCAGGCAGGGAUUGCGUUGAAGGCGGGCAUUUCAUCCGUCUGCAGUGAUUUGAAGCGCAUCAGGAAAAAGAAUGGUGGGACUGCUGGGCAUACUUUUGAUGACCUCCUUUUCCCCCCUUCUGUAAGGCUGUAAAUACUUUGUUUUGUAUUCAUAAGGCCGUGUCCUAGCGACACUUUUUAAAGACUUACAAAUCUCCUUUCCUCGUGGGUUUUUAAAGGGAGGGCGGGAUGGUGGUGGUGGUGGUGGUGGU